GAAUCAUAUUUUUAAACCAGUACCCAGCGUGACAGAUUUCACGGUAUCAAGUAGAUGAGCUAAUACCUGCCGAUUUCUCAAAUUAUCGACAGUGUAGAAAAUUAGCGGAAUUGUUAAACACAGUAGUUGAAUAUUGAAGAGUGCUAUAUGUUUUAUUCAUUUUUGACAGAGGAGUGUAUCACGCUGAACUGAUAAUAUUGACAUGUUCAAAAAGAUUGUAAAGUGAAAGAAUUAAGAAAGUUACAUUCAUAAGAGUUAAUUAAAUUUUUGGUUGGUUGAUAUUAGGACAUCUUGAAAAAAUGUGGAUUUUUACAUUUUACGACGCUGCUGAUGUGAAUGAUCACCCGACAAAAAACUUCUUUCAUAGCAAUUGAAUUUUAAACAAACCAAUGAUAUAUUGUAGUACAGAUUUAAGAUAUUUAAAGGGACACGAUUACAAAUUUUGUUUGUGUUUCGGUAUUAUCCAUCAGUGUAAUAAGACAGGAUUUUUAAAGAACAUACAUUUAAAAUAAAUAGUCAAACGUUGAUUUCACUGGAUACAGUUAAUAAACGUUAUUGAAAUAUCGAAAUGAAGAAUAAACUCGUGGAAGAGAUUUUAUCCCUCUUGACAGAUAUAAGGUUUAACUGAGAACAUGUAAUGUCAACUUUAAAGAUUGGAUAUACUUGGAAUAUAUAACUUGGAUUUAUCAACAUGUGCUAUUCAUUCUGUCUUUCGAUUUUGACACUCUUCAUUAUAACAUGUUUUGGAGACGACACCAUACAAAUUUCGUUCACAAUUCAGGAAGAACUGCCUAUGAAUACUCCUGUAGGAAAUAUUGCUACCGAGGCUAAAUUGGCGGAAAACUUGACAAGCGAAGAAUUCAACAGUAUAAGUUAUGGUUACAUUGGAGACAAUCUGUAUCAAAAUAUGUUUUCGAUUGACCAAUCAACUGGUGCGUUACAAACUAAUAUGCUGAUCAAUAGAGAAACCAUUACAGAAUGUAGUGAUGUUUCUGAUUGUAUUCUGGUGUUAAAAUUUGUAGCAAACUCACAAAAAACAAACUUUUUUAAGUUGAUUACCACUUCUGUUCAUGUACAGGAUAUCAACGAUCAUGCUCCAUCUUUCCCGCAACCCAUAAUGAAAUUAAACGUUUCAGAAUCUUCACCUGUAGGGACUCGUUUUUCAGUCCCAGCAGCAUUGGAUAAAGAUACUGGAAGAAAUGGAAUUCAAAAUUAUGAUAUUUAUCCGGACAAUGGACCUUUUGGACUUAACUAUACCAAAAAAUUAGAUGGUAGUUUUCUCCUUCAUAUAGUGUUAAAACAACCAUUGAAUAGAGAGAUUAAGGAAACAUUCACAUUACAGAUAGCUGCUAAGGAUGGCGGAGAACAGCCACAAACUGGUAUACUGAACAUUGAUGUUACUGUCCUAGAUGUAAACGACCAUGCACCUAAAUUUGGUCUGUCAAUGUACAAUGUUACAGUUCGGGAAGAUGUUCCACCAAAUACUGUCAUUCUGAAAGUUACCGCUGAUGAUCCAGAUAAAGACCAAAACGGACUUGUCUCGUAUCAUUUCAGUCAGGUACAGACAGAUUUAGAGAGCAUUAACCAGUUCUUUCGUAUUGAUAGUGAUUCAGGGGAGAUAACGCUCCUACAGAAUUUAGUAUACGAACCUAAUGAGGAAUAUAGCAUUAUUGUAGAGGCAAGUGACCAUGGAACUAGUCCUCAGAUUUCACAGGUCAAGGUCAAUGUCAAAGUUGAAGAUGUUGGCAACAACAAGCCUGUUGUCAAGAUUAAUUUACCAUCUGCUGGAACUGGGGGUGUAGUUAUGCUGUCAGAAGCAACGAACAUCGAUAAUUUUGUCGCUCACGUGAAUGUCGAAGAUUCUGAUAUUGGAAACAAUGGUAACGUGACAUGUUCAACACCUAAUCCGUAUUUUGAUGUUAAAAAAUUACCAGUGUCUGACAAAGGAUUUAAAGUUGUUGUGAAGCAAAAACUAGACAGAGAAAAAUUGGAUGCUCAUAUUGUAACCAUUGUUUGUCAUGAUUAUGGAACACCCAGAUUAAGUGCCGAAGCAAGUUUUAACGUAACAGUUUCAGAUGAUAAUGACAACGAUCCUGAAUUUCUGAAGACUUCAUACCAAGCAUAUGUGGAUGAAAAUAAUAAAUUGGGAAAUCCUAUUAAACAAGUUUCGGCCAGGGAUGAGGACAUCGGUAUCAAUGCUGAUAUUCAGUAUUUUCUACACAGUGAUGCUGUAUCAAAAUUCGCUAUUAAUUCUAACACUGGAGUAAUAUCUGCUAGUGAUAUCUAUGAUCGUGAAAAACAAUCAAGUUAUCUGUUUCAUGUUUUGGCCGUUGAUAAUGGAGAUCCAAGAAGGACAGGAACUGCUUCUGUGCUUGUGACAAUUCGUGACGAAAAUGAUAACAUACCAGUCUUCAAUAAAAGUAGAUUUACAUUUGAGGUGGCUGAAGGUCUGAAACCCGACGAAACUGUUGGUUCAGUUGUAGCUAUUGAUAAAGACGAUGGUUUGAAUGGGGAUGUUUCCUACACCAUUGCGGAAAAAGAUCAGUUUACUGUACCGUUUGUGGUUCUUUUGGAUGGAACAAUUAGAACAAGAGAAAUAUUAGAUCGUGAGAAGCACAGUCAGUAUAGUUUUAUAGUUUACGCCUCUGAUAAAGGAAGUCCAUCAAAAAAUAAUUCUGUUGAAGUAAUUAUAACUGUAUCUGAUGUAAACGAUAAUGAACCAACCAUUUUAUUCCCUAAAAAAGGAAAUAACACUGUUACUACGGCAAUAACAUCACUUCCUGUUACAACCAUUAUAGCGGAGGACAAGGAUAUCGGUGUCAAUAGACAAUUAUCAUUUUAUAUUUUCUCGGGAAAUGAAGCAAAUAUGUUUUAUUUGAAUCCUACAUCUGGAGAACUUUUUCUCAACAAGCAGUACCACUUUUCAAAGGAUACUUCACAAAGUAUUCGAGUAUGUGUUCAAGAUGCAGGGAAUCCCGUCCAUUCUGACUGUGCCGAUUUAAAUGUUCUUGUUAUCAUCAGUAAUUCAACACAUCUGUCUGCUAAUGGUGAUUCUAAUAAGUAUAUAACAAUUUCAAUAAUAGUUGUCAUAGUAACUUUACUUAUCUCGGCAGCCAUAGGACUAACAAUUUAUUUCUUGUGGAAAAUUGACAAGAAAAGACAAGAACAGAAAUACACUGCAGGAAAUGGUCCACUAGGAGUUCCGAUGCAGACUGGUUACUCUGAAAAUUCAACCUCCAACACAUCUUUGCCGGAUUCAUUUGAAAGUGCGGAUAAGAAAAGAAAAGAAGUUUCAUUUUCACCAGGCACAUCUUUCGACAACAGCUUCCAACGAAGUAUCAGUCCCAACUCAAAUGAUAAACAGGAGCCAUAUUUAUACGAUAAACCAUCAGUUCACCACAGUCAGCCUUAUAGUGAUUCUAAUACACAGGCACUACAACUAAAACAAAUACUGCUGAAAAAUAACACAGAAACAGAGGCUCGUCUCCAACGACCACAUCCAAGUGAUAAUCAUAGCGACAGUUCAGGGGAGACAACUACCAGUGAUAGCGGUAGAGGUGGUAGUGAGGAUGAAGUUCCAGGGAGUACAUUAGAUGACUCCCGAUCCUUUGAGUUCCAGUGCCCUCCACCAUCAUAUUACAGUACAAACUCAUAUUCCAAGGACAAGUUAAAUAUGUAUAGAAACAAAAACAGUGAUAAUAGACACAUGCCGAGACCUAACUCAUAUAAUAUUAAAAAUAACGCUAGUGCUAAAAUUGUAAAUAAUCUGUCGACCAGUCAGCCAUAUUUAGACAACAGUUCAAAAGACAUGCAAUAUCAUUCGUGGGAUUUUCUGCAACAAAGUGCAUAUGCUCAAUAUCCAAGAAAAGACAGAGAUUAUUUUCACUUGCGUCCUGAAAGUUUAAGUACAUUGAGGUCGCGGGACGACGAUGAUGAUGCUGCCACGACUACUUCAGGGAGUUAUACUAUAAAUCCAGAGGAACUAGAAGAUGAAUUGUUUCAUGCACAGAGAGAUCUUGUCGUGUGAAAUUCUGUGAUUUGCUCAUUGUAAUCUUCUCAUUUUCAUUUUUCUAAUGCAUAACUGCUGAUAGACAGACAAAAGCAAUGGUGAAGUGACUAUUACUUUGCCAUAACAUUUUAAUUUACAUAAUCGUGAUAAGUUUGCAAAACAUUGUGCAUUUAUAUUGAUCUCAAAUUGAUUUGUACCCUAGAAGUUUAAAUAUCUAGUUGUAUUUGUUAUAAUUGGAAUUUUAAAUUGGUUUUGAUAUUCAAGAAACUGCCAAGUAAACCAGCAUAUAGAAAAUGGCUAUUAUAUAUUUUUACUAUGUAUUUUAAAGUAAGAUGAGAUAGGGGAAAUAACUCUCAUUCUAAGCUCCAAUAUCUCAAAUCUGGUAUUAUGACAUAAAACUAAAAUUUCAUAGUAUAGUAUGUUGUUAAAUGGAUAAAUAUUUUUGAACAUUAAUAGGUACCAUUGAGUUUUAAGAAAAGUGUUUUGCUAUAUGCAGUCCAUGACAUUUUUUGUUGAGAAGACCGUGCAGUAUUUAAUACCAAAGACACAAAUUUAUGUUUAAUAACAAUUUUGUCAAUAAUUAUCUUUUUUUCGCUUUUUAAAAACCUAUUCACCAAAUUUCCAGUGUACAUGAUUUCAAGUUCUAUUUCAUAGCUUUAACUUUGUUAGAAAGACUUGGAGAGAAUAAAAACUCUUCUAGUUUAUAUUAAUAUGUUGAUCUACCUCAAUUUUAACCUUUUAAUUCUAGCACUCUUGUACAGUGCAUGUGCUCACCCUGUUAAAUGAUUUAACAAAACUUACAUUUUGAGAAUAUUUGUAUAUUUUUUAAAAGCCAGAAAAGUUGGCUUUGUAUAUUAUGUGAAAAAGAUUCUAUUUAUAUUGAUAACAACUAAUUUUAUAAGUUUUCACAAGAUAUGGAAAAUUUUGUCUUUAAAAAAAUUAAUAUCAAAGGGAAUUUGGCUUUUAUAUUAAGAAUUGAAACUUUUUUCUAUAUUAAUAUAUUUAUACAAGCUAAUUUAAUAAAGUACAUUUUAUUUGUAUUCUGUUCUUGUGAAGAUAUUUGUUAAAGCAUGUUAUUUGUUUGUUUGUUAUUUGUUAAUAUUUCUUUUGCACAUUUGAAUGAUUUAUGUUUAAAUUUGAAUAUUUGAACUGGUUACUAUUCAAAUUAAUAUGCCAGGUAACCAGUUGAUGUAGCUUUUAUAAAAAGCAGGUAUGAUCAGUCUCAACCCUUUAGCAAUUUUGAAUAAAAACAGUUAUUAAAAUAAAUCCAUUAUUGGGGUUUUAUAGGAAAGGAGAAGGUUCAAUUUGAAGCUAAUUUAUCCCUUAAAUUCAACCUAAAACAUUUUUUGCCAUCGAAAGAAUAGAUAAAUAUAAAAAAAACACUUUCUAUGUGAAAUUUUUUGGGCAAAAUAAUUAUUCUAAAUUAUUUCUAAGCAUUUGCUAGUUAAUAGUCAGGAUUUUGUGGUCAUUUGAUGGUCCUAUUAACCAUGAAAAGGAUAUUUUAAAUCAAAAACCCAUUUUUUCAUUAACAUGAUCAUAGAACAUCAGAUUCAAUUAAUUCUGUAAAUCUGAGAAUGUUUGAAAUACAUUUUAUUUUAGGUCUAACUUGGCCCAGAAUUGUACCUUCUCCUUUGUAUCAUGUUAAUCAUAACAUUGUGACUGUAUUGUGAAGUUUAAGACAUGAGAAAACGAAUAUUUGUAUAUGUUUGUAAGAAUAUAUUCCAUUCAAAAGUGCAGCUAUUAUAAUAAAAAUGAAUAAUAA